UGAAAGGCGUGGUGACUUUGGAAAAAAGACAAAAACCUUGAGUCAGAUCACAGAAACAACAUUCCACAGGCAGACAUCAAGGCUGCAGCUCUUGCUACUAGAAAAGGGAUACAGAUUCUUCCAUGGAGCCCUAUAUAAACUCUUCUGAAGGAUACUACUACUAUGAUGAUGAUGAGCUGAAUGCUACUGUGGACUACACUUUGUAUGAAAUGCUUUGCCACAAAGAAGGGGUGAGAACUUUCAGCAAGUCAUUUCUACCGGCAUUUUACUCUACUGUUUUCCUCGUUGGACUCGCUGGCAAUUCCCUAGUGGUAGCAUUCUUUGCCUUUAUCAAAAAACUAAAGGCCAGGACAAACGUAUACCUCAUGAACUUGGCAAUUGCCGACUUGCUACUGCUGUUUACUCUUCCUUUUUGGGCUGCAAAUGCCACUCACGGGUGGGUGCUUGGCAUCCCCUUAUGCAAGAUCACCUCUGCUAUAUACACCAUGACCUUCAGUGCUAGCAUGCAGUUUCUGGCCUGCAUCAGUGUUGACAGAUACAACACCAUAGUCAAAUCGCAAGGUCAACCACAGGCCAUGAAGCAAUGUGGCAAAACAUCGUUCUUCGUCUGGGCGGCUGCCAUGUUUCUUUGCAUUCCUGACCUCAUUUUUACCACAGUUAUGGAGUCCCAUGGCAGAUUUGUAUGUCUUUCUGCAUUUCCUGAGAGCACAGGGAAAGCAAUUAAUGUAACCAUUGAAAUCAUGGAAAUGUUACUGAGUUUUAUCUUGCCCUUCCUAAUCAUGCUGUUUUGCUACUCAGCUGUGGCCAAAGCUCUCAUUAAGAGUCCCAGUGUUAAAAAAUGUCAGCCUCUGAAAGUUCUUGCAGCAGUGGUAUUGGUUUUUAUCAUCACCCAACUACCUUACAACAUCGUCAAGCUUUGGAGAGCCAUCAACAUUAUCUACCCCCUGAUUAGAGACUGCAGCGUGAGCAAAACCAUUGACGUCAUAUUCCAGGUAACAAACUGCAUCGCCUUAUUUCACUGCUGCCUGAACCCCAUCCUGUAUUUUUUUAUGGGAGCCUCUUUCAAAAUGCACAUUGUCAAAAUAGCAAAGCGUUACGGCUACUGGAGAAGGCAACAGAGCACAGGAACGGAAGAGAUUCCAAUGGACUUUGAAGAUUCUGCACAAGAAACCAGUAGCUUUACUAUUUAGAAAAUGGGGAGAAGGGAAGCUGUUAAGCUCAUUCUGGGUCCUCAAUGCCUGGCUGACCUGGGUUGAUGCUGAGAAAUCUGAAAGGACUCGCUCCUAGAUAAAGAACUGAGUGUUGAUUGUGGUUGCUUCAAGUGGUGGGAUGAGGCUGAUCCAGUGGAGCAGACAACUGGAGAGAUCCAAUUUCCAGCCACCUCAGGCAUGGUGUACCUUUUUCAUUGCUGCUCUGUGCUUACAAUAUAAUCUAAUUUAGACAGGCUAAUAUAUGAGUACAGGAAAUACUGCACAUGAUUUCUAGCAGUAAUUGCUUCAAAUAAUACAUUUUAAUGAAAUGUACAAACGGAAAAGAAACCUGCUUAAAAGCAGGGAAGUGGAGUGAGUAGAAGUGCUCAAAAGCUAUUUUCCUCGAGAGUGAUAUUUUUCUCGAGAAGCGUGGAUCAGGAAAGAGAGUGGCAAACUUAGUCUAUUAUGGAAAAAAUGCAACCUAUAUAUCAGGAGUGGGGAACCUGUGGUCCUCCAGAUGUUGUCGGACUCCACUUCCCCAUCAGCCCCCAUCAAUGUGCUCAAUGGUCAGGGACAAUGGAAGCUGAAGUAAAACAUCUGGAGGGCCAAUGAUUCCCUGGCCCUGUUAUAUAUCCAGGUGCCUUGGUGCUGAGUUUCCUCUCACCAGCCAAUUUAUGUGGAACAGGAAUCCAGAAAAUGCACAGAAUGGCAUCAGGACAUGGGGCAUAUUGUGCUUCAUGUUCCCCAGUGGAGGCGCACUAGACACAGCGAUGUCAACUUCAGAUGCUGCUUGAGAUUGCAUCUGGCCACACAAGAAGAGCCCUGCUGGAUCAGAGCAAAGGACCACCUAAGUCCAGCAGCCUGUGCUCUCAGUGGCCAACCAGACACCUACGGAAAGCCCACAAGCAGAACAUGAGUGCAAGAGUACUCUCUCACUUCUGAUUUCCCAGCAACUAGUAUUCAGAGACAUGCUUCCUCAGAUACUGCUGCUGAGAGUAAUUAGCUACAUUUUAGCCAUUACAGUAAUACCCUGUUGCUAAUUAGAAUCUGUUUCUGCAGCGGCAAUGCAGCUUUACAAAAAUACAACUAGACAUCUGUAUGCACAGAGAUUUCCAUCAUAAUUUGCUAGGGGGAAAAACAUUCUUCCUUCAUCUGCAGGGAAGGAUGGGAUGUGUUAGCCAGUGCUAGUUUGAAAGCAUUCCAUCGACCUAACAAGGCAGCCUCGGUUCAUUCUUUGACCACUAGCUGCUCUUUUAUGGAUCUGGUUUCUUUCCCUCACAAAAAAUAUUGCUAUUAAUACAAAUAAGUUUAAAGAAAAUAUCAAUAAAUGAAAGGAAAUGUUAAUAAAAUUAUUGUUCUUAAUAUCAAUGAGAGGUGGAUUUUUUUUAAAAACAUGUUUUUGAAAAUAGCCAUGGAAAAUCACUACAUAAAAAUCCAAUCUGCAAUGAUAAAAUAAGCAAUAAGAACAAGCGAAUUAAUUGAAAAUUUGGUACAAAUCUGAAUUGGGUGGAAUUCUAGCACAUCUCUAUAUGAAGGAUUCUGAGGCCCAGGCCUUGAUGGUCAAGGGUUUCCAAAUCUGUUUGGAGCUUUCACAUAAAGACACCUACAGCACUGCUGUUAAGGCACUCACAGCACAAUCCUAUACAUGUCCACUCAAAAGUCCCAUUAAGCCCAGUGGAGUUUACAGGGUUACAGCUUUUGUGAUUUGUUAGACAAACAAACAGGGAAUUGCACUUUGAGAUUUGGACAGUUUUGAUAGCUGCACUUGCAAGAGAGCUCUGAGUGUGCUUGGACUUGUGGACUUGGUGCUGCUCAGGCAUUCAAAUUGUGCACAGUGUUUUGCACGCAACAUCAUCCUCAUGAACAUGCCACCGCAUUUUUUCCCCAUUUUGCCUUGAUUGACUAUUUCCAUGGUUGUGCCGAAUGGAAGUGCCCUGAUAGCCAAGACAGCAGGUGCUUCCAGAUGACCUGUUCAUUAAGAAUUCAUCCUGAUUUGUUUGCAGGGAGAUUAGAUGACGUUGGCUACUGAAUGAGCAUACAUUCUGGUGUGUUUGUGGGGAGGUAGACGAUGCUGCAUCAAAGCAAGUAGUACCCCACACUUUCCAUUGUAUCUUCCCAUCAUUUUCCUUAUCCCCCAAAAAGUCUUUUGUGGAAGCAGGUUUCUUGUGCGGGACCUUUCAAUCAACCGUAAUUGCAAAAGCUGAAUUUGCCAGUAUGUGAAUCCCACCCGAAAAUAGCAACAGUCUGGAAGUGCCCAGUAGUCAAUCCUAACAAAAAACUGCAUUCCAGGGUGAAGAUAAGGCUAGUUGCUAGGAGAAAGGAGGGCAGGCUAAAGAAUACCUAAAAGCAGGAGAGAUGAAUUGACUGGAGGGAUGCAGGCCAAGCCUCCUUGCCUGCUUUUUGGACAGACUAGUCUCAUGGUUUUUGUUACUAGUGUGAUUUUUAAGAGAGUAAAGAACGUUAGGGAGCUAUGAAAUGUUUAGAUUCAUUUUAUUAUUUUGUUCUGUUAUUCAUACUGUCUUUUAGUAAUAUCUCUUAUACCCUCCAUUUUUGUAUACAAUAAAUGGCUUCAAUGGAAGAGAAAGGAACUGUGUGUAUAAUAUGAAGCCUGAACAACUGCCCUCAUCUAAAGGUGGCCUAUUCUGAUAGGGAAUCUAUCAAGCCCAAAUUCAGGAGGGCUUCUUUUCUCCUUGCAGACAUCUUUGGAAAUAAGCUGAGGAACCUAAUGGACAAAAUCCCUCUUCAGAAGUGUUCCGCAUUCAUGACAGCACAUUCCACAUUUCCCACGAUAACAAUACAAUAUAAACAGGAUGCUUGAAUACAACUAUACGUUUUGCUAAAAUGGCUUUGGCAUGUAACUUUAUGGUAAUAAAAAUGUACAUUAAAAACACAUCUUUACAUCUGUGGCUUUACACAUUCUUAAAUAAUGUGUGUGUAAAAUAUAUUCCAAUAAGAGUAAUUGAUUUAUGUGCAUGCAACACCAGAGGGACUGUUGGUUUCACGUGCCUUCUCCACUAUUUAUAGGACACUCAGUUUGAACUGGGGUCUAGGAUCCAGGUUCUAUGUGCAGGAGCAUAGCUCACUCCUGACGGAGUCCCAUUACCUGUGCAACCUUAUGCUUGAGUCAUGUGUGACCUUAUCCAUAGAUAAAAUAAGCAUGUGUAUUACAAUAUCUAGCAUGUUAAUAUAAAAGUCUGUUCAAGCAAGACAUUAAAACAAAAAUAAAUACAAAAGCCAUCUUUCUAGUCUUUUGCAGCGAAUUAAGAAACAUUGGA